CGACAGUCUCUGCCGUUGCCUGACUUCCGGUGGUGCCGAAGCUGAGUUUCCGCGGGAUCCGGCCGGCCUGUGAUGAAUGGCUCAAAAGUGGGACUUUUAAAAUGUUGCCCUGUAAGAAGAGAAGAACUACAAUGACAGAGUCUCUACAGCAUGAAAGCAAUCAGGAAGAAGAUGACUUAGACCUUGAGUCAACUGUUAAACCAGAAUCCGACCAGGUUAGAGACUUGGGGUCAUUGUCCUGGGGUUCAAGUCAUGACAGUGCAGUUGGCUUUGAAGUUCAAUCUGUGCAAGAUGCAGGAGAUCAGCUUGGUGUGGAGGAUCCAUCUUUGACCCCUAGGAUGAUGCUUACCCAGCACACAACUUUACCAGUCUUGGAUUCUGUUGAUGCAGCUGUCUCUCAAGGAAUCAGCCUAUCUUCCAUGGACUCUUCAAAUCCUCUUAAUGUACAAAUUAGUAAAGGAAAACAACAGGCUACUGCUUCAAGAAGAGGGAAGAAAAUUGCCCUCAGGCCUGGACCAGUUACCCAAGAAGAUAGAGCUGAUCAAUCUAUCAUAAAGGAGCCUUUUCCAGAAGAGCCUAGUGAAGAAGUUAAGGAAGAAAGAGGGAAACCUCAAAUGCAUUCUGGAGGGGAGGAGAUACCUUUACUGCCGUCAGGCAGCCAGUCUGCAGACCCAGGAGCCCAGCCUAGGAAAUCAUCCCAGCCAGAUGUUUGUGCUUCUCCUCAAGAAGAGCCACUCAGGAGUCUGGCUCACCAAGCUGAGGAAGAGAGAGAGGAUGGUGGACUCUUUAUUCCAAUGGAAGAGCAAGACAGCAAAGAAAGUGAGAAAAGAAGAAGAAUGAAAAAGGGUACCAAGAGGAAACGAGAUGGAAGGAGUCAAGAACAAGGGACCAUGGCAUAUGACCUGAAACUGGAUGACAUGCUUGACCGGACCUUAGAAGAUGGUGCCAAGCAGCACAACCUGACAGCAGUCAAUGUGCGAAACAUCCUGCAUGAAGUAAUCACAAAUGAGCAUGUGGUAGCGAUGAUGAAAGCAGCCAUCAGUGAGACAGAAGACAUGCCAAUGUUUGAGCCUAAAAUGACACGCUCUAAACUGAAGGAAGUGGUGGAGAAAGGAGUGGUUAUUCCAACCUGGAAUAUUUCACCAAUUAAGAAGGCCAAUGAAAUUAAGCCUCCGCAGUUUGUGGACAUCCACCUUGAAGAAGAUGAUUCUUCAGAUGAAGAGUACCAGCCAGAUGAAGAAGAUGAAGAUGAGACUGCUGAAGAGAGCUUAUUGGAAAGUGAUGUUGAAAGCACCGCUUCAUCUCCUCGUGGUGCAAAAAAAUCUAAAUUGAAACAGUCUUCUGAGAUGACUGAAACAGAUGAGGAGAGUGGCCUGUCAUCAGAGGCUGAGAAAAUCACCACACCUGCCAUCAGGCACAUUAGUGCUGAGGUUGUGCCCAUGGGACCCCCACCCCCUCCAAAGCCCAAACAGACCAAGGAUAGUACUUUCAUGGAGAAGUUACAUGCAGUAGAUGAGGAACUGGCUUCCAGUCCUGUCUGCAUGGAUUCUUUUCAGUCCAUGGAUGACAGUCUCAUUGCAUUCCGAACUCGGUCUAAGAUGCCCCUGAAAGAUGUUCCCCUUGGCCAACUCGAGGCAGAGCUUCAAGCUCCAGACAUUACACCAGAUAUGUAUGACCCCAAUACAGCUGAUGAUGAAGACUGGAAGAUGUGGCUGGGGGGACUCAUAAAUGAUGAUGUAGAGAAUGAAGAUGAAGCAGAUGAUGAUGAUGAUCCAGAAUAUAAUUUCCUGGAAGAUCUUGAUGAACCAGAUACAGAGGACUUCCGUACUGAUCGAGCAGUGAGAAUCACCAAAAAGGAAGUGAAUGGGCUAAUGGAAGAGCUAUUUGAAACUUUCCAAGAUGAGAUGGGAUUCUCCAAUAAGGAAGAAGAUGGCCCAGAAGAGGAGGAACGUGUGACUGAAACUCGGCCUAACUUUAAUACCCCACAAGCCUUACGGUUUGAGGAACCACUUUCGAACUUGCUAAAUGAACAACAUCGGACUGUGAAGGAGCUACUUGAACAACUAAAGAUGAAGAAAUCUUCAGCAAAACAACAUCCAGAGGCAGAGAGGCUUAAGCCUCAGAGUGAGAAAGUUCACCAAACUCUGACUCUAGAUCCAGCACAGAGGAAGAGACUCCAGCAGCAAAUGCAACAGCAUGUUCAGCUAUUGACACAAAUUCACCUUCUCGCCAUCUCCAACCCCAACCUGAGUUCAGAGGCCAGUACCACCAGAAUGUUUCUUAAAGAACUGGGAACCUUUGCUGAAAACUCCAUCACUCUUCAGCAACAGUUCAACCCCAAGUUUCAGACCUUGUUCCAACCCUGUAACUUGAUGGGAGCUAUGCAGCUCAUUGAAGACUUCAACACACAUGUUCAUAUUGACUGGAGUCCUCGUAAAACUGUCAAGAAGACUGCUGGUGAAUUUCCCUGUUUGCCAAAGCAAGUGGCUUGGAUACUGGCCACAAGCAAGGUUUUCAUGUAUCCUGAGCUACUUCCAAUAUGUUCCCUGAAGGCAAGUAAUCCUCAGGAUAAGAUCAUCUUCACCAAAGCUGAGGACAAUUUGUUAGCUUUAGGAUUGAAACAUUUUGAAGGGACUGAGUUUCCAAAGCCUUUAAUCAGCAAGUACCUUGUAACCUGCAAGACUGCCCACCAACUCACGGUGAGAAUUAAGAACCUGAACUUGAACCGAGCUCCUAACAACAUCAUUAAAUUUUAUAAGAAGACUAAACAGCUGCCAAUCCUGGUAAGGUGUUGUGAAGAGAUCCAGCCACAUCAGUGGAAGCCACCUGUAGAGAGAGAAGAACACCGACUCCCUUUCUGGUUAAAGGCCAGUCUACCAUCGAUCCAGGAAGAAAUGAAGAACAUAACUAAUGGUGCUACAGAGGAAGGAAAUGUAACUAGAACCACUGAGGUCAAUGAAAAGAAAGACCAAGAAAAAGCCAGACCAGAGUUGGGGAAUGAAACUCGAUACCCACUGCUGUUACCCAAGGAUGUAGUACUGAAACUGAAGCCUGUUUCCAAGCGUUUCUCCAGGAAGGCUUGGAGACAGAAGCGUUCAUCAGUCCUGAAACCCCUCCUUAUUCAACCUAGCCCCUCUGUCCUGCCUAGUUUCAACCCGGGGAAAAUAGCAGCAUGGCCAACUCAAUCUGAAGUCCCUCCAAGCAAAAUGGUGGUCCAGAUUCCUCAUCUGAUCCAGCCAGCUACUGUUUUACAGACAGUUCCAGGUUUCCCUUCCUUGGGUGAUCCCCAGGGAAAGGACAAUUUUGAGUCUACUACAGCACUGCCUGCUGUGCCUGCUGAGGCUAGGACCAGCAUCCCUUUUCCUGAGUCUCACACCCUACUCCCCUCUGCACCUGUGCCCAAGAUGAUGCUGCCUUCUCUAGCCCCAUCUAAAUUUCGAAAACCAUGUGUAAGGCGGAAACCCUCAAGAAGGAAAGGGGCAAAGGCUUCUCCCUGUGUGAAACCUGCCCCACUCAUGCACCCCACUCCUGUUAUCUUCACUGUCCCUGCUGCCACUGUGAAGGUUGUGAGUCUUGGCAGUGGCUGUAACAUGAUCCAGCCUGUCAAUGCAGCUGUGGCCCCCAACCCCCAGACCAUUCCCAUUACCACUCUCCUGGUCAACCCUGCUCCUUUUCCCUGUCCAUUAAACCAACCCCUUGUUGCUUCCUCCAUCUCACCCUUAAUUGUUUCUGGAAAUUCUGUGAAUCUCCCAAUACCAUCUACCCUCAAAGAUAAGACCCAGGUGAACUCAGACAUUGCUUGUCCUUUGGUUGAAGGAAAGAAUGCCUCUCAAAGCCUUGAGCCCAAAUUAGAACCCCAGGAACUAACUCCUCUGUGUGCCACUGUCUUCCCCAAAGAGGAACACAGCCCAGGGCCUCCCCCAGCAGAUAGAGAAUGCCAGGAAGGGUUGUCAGAGAGACCUGCCUGUGGAGUGACAGUUGUGAAAUCUGAAAUUCAGGAAGGGUUGUCAGAGAAGAGUGCCUGUGGUUGGGCUAUAGUGAAAACAGAGGAGGGGAGGCAGACUCUGGAGACAUUGCCUCAAGGCUUCCAGGAAUCCCUAUGUUCCUCCCACGGGGAUUUAGAGGAAAUAGUCAAGCUAGAACCUGAGGACCCUGUGGAGGAGAUCUCCAGUGGCUUCCCUGAACAGGAAAUUUGUGAUGAAAUAAAAAAUGAACACUCUAUUGAAUUGAGCACUGAUUCCCUAAGGGAGGAGCUGAGCAGUGCUAGAGAUGUAAAGAAGCAGAUGAUCCUGCAGAAGGAAGAGUGCAGCCAGGCAGCUUCAUCCCCUUCAGCUUCUCAAGAGCCUCCUGAUGAAAAUCCAGGGGGAGAUGUGAGCAAAAGGACACCUAAGAAUGUUCCAUCAUCCAUAGACCCGGAAAUAGUGCUUAAUAGUCCCCCAAGGAAGUCUGAAGAUACAUCCAGUGUUGAUGGUCAGUCAUUGGGGAUCCCAGUGGUGCCAGAAACUGGAGGAGAGAAGGAUGGGCCAGAGGAAGAGGAAGAGGAGGACUUUGAUGACCUUACCCAAGAUGAGGAAGAUGAAAUGUCAUCAGCUUCUGAGGAGUCUGUGCUUUCUGUUCCUGAACUCCAGGAAACAAUGGAGAAACUAACUUGGCUGGCAUCUGAAAGGCGCAUGAGUCAGGAAGGUGAGUCUGAGGAGGAGAACUCCCAAGAGGAGAAUUCUGAGCCAGAAGAAGAGGAGGAAGAGGAAGUAGAAGGAAUGGAAAACCAUCAGAAAGAGGAUGAAAUGACUGAUGAAGCAGUAGGUGAUGCUGUGGAGAAGCCCCCUUCUACCUUAGCCUCACCCAAGACUACUCCAGAAGUAGAGACCAGCAGAACCCCACCAGGCGGGAGCAUCAAAGCUGCUGGAAAGGGCCGCAACAGUCAUCGAGUUCGCAGUAAGCGGGGAAGUCGUGCUCGGGCCAGCAAAGACACCUCCAAGCUGCUGUUGCUCUAUGAUGAAGACAUUCUGGAGCGGGAUCCUCUCAGGGAGCAGAAGGACUUGGCCUUUGCCCAGGCUUAUCUGACCAGGGUACGAGAAGCCCUACAGCAUAUUCCUGGCAAAUACGAAGACUUCCUUCAGGUCAUCUAUGAAUUUGAGUCAAACACUCAGAGGCAGACUGCUGUGGAUCUCUACAAAAGCUUGCAAAUUCUGCUCCAAGAGUGGCCUCAGCUUUUGAAGGAUUUUGCUGCUUUCUUGUUACCUGAGCAAGCUCUGGCCUGUGGAUUAUUUGAGGAGCAGCAGGCUUUUGAGAAGAGUCGCAAAUUCCUUCGUCAGCUGGAGAUUUGCUUCGCAGAGAACCCUUCACACCACCAGAAGAUCAUCAAGGUCCUCCAAGGCUGUGCAGACUGCCUUCCUCAGGAGAUCACAGAGCUCAAGACACAGAUGUGGCAGCUCCUCAAGGGUCAUGACCACCUACAAGAUGAGUUUUCUAUCUUCUUUGACCAUCUUCGUCCAGCAGCUAGCAGGAUGGGUGACUUUGAAGAAAUCAACUGGACUGAAGAGAAAGAGUAUGAGUUUGAUGGCUUUGAAGAAGUGGCACUGCCUGAUGUGGAAGAGGAAGAAGAACCUCCCAAAAUACCUUCCACUUCAAAGAACAAGAGGAGAAAAGAGAUUGGGAUCCAGAAUCAUGAUAAGGAGACUGAUUGGCCAGAUGGGACCAAGGACUGUUCCUGUGCUUGCCACGAAGGAGGUCCCGACUCCAAGCUGAAGAAGAGCAAGAGGAGAAAUUGUAGUCACUGUAGUAACAAGGUGUGUGAGAAUAAAUCCUACAAGAACAAGGAGCCCCAUGAGUUGGUGGGCAGCAGCCCCCAUGGAGCAGCUAGUCCUAUGUCUGGUGUUAAGGAAGCAGGCCAGGGCAAGGAUGUGGUGGAAGAGGAAGUCCCAGAGGAACGGGAGAGCAUUGAGUCAACUCAGAGCAGGACGAGCAGGACCAUCAGAAAGGGAGAGGUGCCCAUUCCACCAGGGUCAACAGUGGGGAACACUUUGCUGCCUCUUCAAGAAGAGACUCUUACAGAACAGCUCCUUGCGGGCCCUGCACCUCCCUUACCAGACACUCUCCAACUUUGUUCCCAAACUGGAGCUGUAUCCUCCACUGUCAGAAACCAGGCUGGGGCUGAGGCUCUUUCCUGCCCCAGUGUAUCUCUCUCACCUCAGAAAGAGGAGGGCCAGCAGGCAGCAGCUGACUCAGAAGUCCCCAUGCUGGUCUCAGGUGCACCUGAAACUGAGAAAUUGCCCUGCACUAAUGAGGGCCCUGCUUCCUUCUUCAGUCCUGAUUCUUCAAGGACCCGAGAAGUACAAAAAAUACACGUGUCUGGGAAACCAGGUAAUCAUGAGAACUGGCUGCCUUCAAGCAGAGUUGGGACAAAGACAGCAGACAAGAUGUCUUCUGACCAUGAAUCUUCUUCAGGAGUUGAUAUCUCAGAGACUUCCCCCAAAGCCUUCAGAGGGGAUUUAGUUAAAGAUUCUGGAAUACAAGGCAAGGGCCCAGAGCAGCAAGGAGAACUGCCACUGAAGGCCACAGAAGCUACAGUGUGUGCUAAUAACAGCAAAGUUAGCUCCACCGGGGAGAAAGUUGUCCUGUGGACAAGGGAAGCUGACCGAGUGAUUCUCACCGUGUGCCAGGAGCAAGGAGCACAGCCACACACCUUCAGCAUCAUCUCUCAGCAGCUGGGAAAUAAGACUCCUGCUGAGGUUUCUCACCGCUUUCGAGAACUCAUGCAGCUCUUCCACACGGCCUGUGAGGCCAGCUCUGAGGAUGAAGAUGAUGCAACCAGUACCAGCAAUGCAGACCAGCUGUCAGACCAUGGGGACUUGCUGUCUGAGGAGGAGCCAGAUGAUUGAGGCUCCCGGAAGGUGUGGUGUCAUUUGCAUAGGACCAACAUGCCAGGCACCGUGUGCUCUGGGAGAGAGUGGCUGUACUUCACUUGUGCAGUCCUUGAGUUCUGCAUACAGAGCUGAAGAGCAGAGCUGGGCCCAAGGAUAAAGUGAGGCUAGAUCUAGGCCCCAGAGCUCUUUCGCCUAUGCCUCACUCAGGGUCUUUGAAGAAGACCUUCAAAAUCCACUCUAUAAAUAGCAUUCAGGGAGCGAGGCCUGGAUCCUUUCUCUCCUUUUGUUUUUGGGUCUAAUGGUACAUAUUUAUUGUUUUGUGAUCAACUCACAAUGUUUCUAAAUGUAAUAAAUUUCUAAUGUCUGUA